CAGCUGGUGUCGUGGCGGUCGCUGGCGGCCACCUUCGUGCUGUGCGGGGGGCUGCUGGCCGCCAUGAAGAAGGUGAAGCGGCGGAAGGAGGAGGAGCUGGAGAAGGAACGAAACCGGGGCAUUGGGAAACCGCUGCUAGGAGGGCCCUUCUCACUCGUCAGCCAUGAGGGACAGCCCAAGACCAGCAAGGACUAUGUCGGCCAGUGGGUGCUGAUCUACUUUGGCUUCACACACUGCCCUGACAUCUGUCCUGAUGAACUGGAGAAAAUGAUUGAAGUGGUAGAUGAAAUUGAUAGAAUUCCAUCUCUGCCUAAUCUGACCCCACUCUUCAUCACCAUUGAUCCUGAGAGGGACAACGAAGAAGCCAUUGCCAGAUAUGUUAAAGAGUUUUCUCCGAAGCUGAUCGGAUUAACUGGUACCAAGGCACAGAUUGACCAAGUGGCCAAAGCUUACCGUGUGUAUUACAGCGAAGGUCCCAAAGAUGAAGACAAUGAUUACAUAGUGGAUCACACAAUAAUAAUGUACCUCCUCGGGCCAGAUGGUGACUUCGUGGACUAUUAUGGCCAGAAUAAGAGGAGCACUGAGAUUUCUGCUUCUAUUGCUGCACACAUGAGAAAAUACAGAUCCUAAAACACAAGGUCUUCAAAGAUUGAUGUGAACAUCACCUGUAGGUUUGGCUGUAAUUGGGCAUUGGAGUUAAAGCAGAAGCAUGCAAGUGUAACAUCCUGUCACCACAUGCCUCCUUUCUUCCAAAUAAGAAAGGCAACCAGACUUCUGCAAAAUACCAUUAUCAAAAAUCUCUAUAGAGCCUUCCCCAUGGAUAUUAUUUGCAGCAAGAUGUAGGCUACAGAAUGAAAUUUGGGACUUCUCAGAAACAGUGGUGGGAGCAAAGAAAGGAAAAAACUUUUCAUUUGGGAAGAACGUGUGUAUCACUGGUAAUUGCUAUCUCUUGGCAAGACAUCAGUGAAGGACGGUCACUGCAGGGGGAUGAUUAUUUGAUGAAAAGCCAUGUGGGCCAUGGCAUUCUUAGAGGACCCCUGCCCUCUUUUUUUCUGCACUGUUUUGCCUUCUGGAAGAGGCAGUUACAAUAUUAUAAGCAGGAGAGCCUUAAGAGUACUUCUUUAUCAAGGUUAAGAAGGUGAAGAGCACUGAAAGCAUCAGCAGCUUCCACGCAUGGGACCAGCCCUGUAGUGUGCCUGAUCUCUUCUUCAUUUGAAUGCAGAAAUGAAAUGUUUUUUUCUUGGUGAUUUUUCCAGGUGAACACUGUUAACUUAUAAAGAAAUGAGUAAUGGGUUGUAAAUAGAUUUUUCUUCUGGUCUAAAUGAUUUUAUGCAUAGUUGGCCUGGUUGUGCUAUGCUGAAUAGUGAAGUGGGGAGGAUGAAGGGGGUCUGUGUCCAUGCAGAGGGCUGUCAAUCAGAUAAAUUUUAUGCAGUGCAGCAUUUGAAAAUAAAGAUUGCUUUAUAUAAGCAAUAUAUAUUUUUUUUCCUUAGUUAGGUUUGACUAGAAUAUCAUCAGAACUUCACGCUGGUCAAGCUUCAUAUUCUUGCUCUGUUUUAUCUCUUUUUAGAAAGUAGUGUUUAUCUAUAGUAGUGCAAACCAUAAGCUGAAUGUGCUUUUUUAAGGUAGCUGAACCCCAGAGAAUGGCCCACAGGAGACAAAACAGAAGAGUUCUUGGUGCAAGUCCCAGAGUGUUUCAAACGGAACACAAGUGUUCCUACUGGUAGCACUGGCAUUGUUCUGAGUUUGGGGGUUGGAAGAGAAUGUUCCUGUCUGAGGGACGGGGCAAUGUCUAUGGUAGAUUUCCAUCUUUCCAAAAUCCUGAAAAACAGUAAACUUAAACUGUUCCAGAACAGUUAUAAAACAUGAUGAAGUAGUGUAGGUCCACAUCAGCUGCCCUACGCUAUGGUGACCUCCUGAGGGUAUCGGGAAGGUUACUGUGAUAGAGUAUGUCUAAGACUGCAC